AUUGUUGCAGUGCACGGCCUGGGUGGCCAUUGGAUUCGGACAUGGCAGCACGAUAACGGCCAAGUAUGGCUCAGGGACUUCCUCCCAGCCCAGCUUCGUGAGUUGGAGAUACGUCCAAGGAUCAUGUCCUUCGGGUACAAUGCCAAUACCACCUUCACCAAGUCGGUGGGAGGCAUCAGUGACCAGUCCAUGAUGCUACUCGACAGACUGGACGGCAAGAGGAUGCAAAGCUAUGAGCAACAGAGACCCAUAAUAUUCCUGGCUCACGGCCUUGGAGGCUUGGUGGUAAAAAAGGUAAAGCAUACGCACUCCUGGGACGACAUGUACAGAGAUUUGCUCGAGAAUAUUCGAGGGAUUGUGUUCUUCGCGGUUCCACACCGUGGCGCAAACCUCGCGAUGUGGGCAAGCUUUCCCGCCCGCGUCGGCAAACACACCUCGCUGGGUCUGGCGGGCAAUACCAGGUUCCUCGACGCUCUCAAGAGAGACUCGAUCGAGAGGAGCGAGAUUUCCAACGCCUUCGUCCGGAGGGCCGUUCAUUUACGCAUUCGAACCUUUUAUGAGACAGAAAAGACGGGAAAUUCUCUGGUCGUCGACCAAGAAUCGGCUCGAUUGAACGUACCAAAUGAAGUUGCCGUCGGUGUGGCUGAUUCAGAUCAUUGGACGAUUUGCAAGUUCGAUUCCAAAGGCUGUCAAAGAUACGGGCCUGUAUGGAAGGCUGUGGCAAAGAUGGCUCAAGGUGUCCUGCAGCAGCAGUCAUUGUGCGUGAAUCAUAGAGUUUUGUCUGACGGCGUUGACUGA